AUGUUUUCAUGUACCGGAUUCGAGUGUAUCAGAGAAGCUGCCAUAUUGUCAACUAAUUCAUCAUCAUCAUUCUUCAAGUUAACUCUCUAUUAUUAUUCAGAAUUAUCCAAACGUUUUUGUUCACAUAUAAAUAAAAUGAUUACGACAUUGGAACAAUUUUUGAAAUUGGAAGGAGCUGGUCAUAUUCAACAAGAAAUUUGGAAUAAAUAUGUUGAAGAUAGAUUGACAUAUACAGAAAUGAAAACAGAACUAGUAAAAUUACGUUUUUUACUAUCAUCAAUUGAACGUCUCCUUAAUAGUUCUAUUGAAUCAGUAUUACAAACAAAUGAAGAAGCAAUUUCACAAUUGGUAACGAAUGAAUUAAAUAAUUCUAAAACUAUUAUAGAUGAAUGUGAAAAAAUAAUAUCAGAGCAUGAAAUUGCAUUGACAGCACAACAAGUAAAAACAAAAAAGCGUAAAUUUGUUGAAACAGUGGAACUUCAAAUAGCGUUAAAAAAUUUUGAUCCAAGCCGUGAUAAACGCUUUAGUGGUACAGUUCGUUUACGUCAUACACCAAAACCAAAGUUUGCCGUUUGUGUAUUGGGAGAUGAACGUCAUUGUGAUGAAGCUCGUGCAAAUAAUAUACCAUGCAUGACAAUUGAUGAUUUAAAAAAAUUUAAUAAAGAUAAAAAACAAGUGCGAAAAUUAUCCCAUCAAUAUGAUGCAUUUUUAGCCAGUGAUGUCGUUAUCAGACAAAUACCACGUAUUCUUGGUCCUGGUUUGAAUAAAGCUGGUAAAUUUCCAACAGCUAUUACUCAUAGUGAUAGUUUAAUACAGAAAGUUGAGGAAAUCAAAUCCACAAUUAAAUUUCAAGCAAAAAAAACCAUUUGUUUAUCGGUUGCAGUUGGUAAUGUCAAUAUGAGUGUCGAAGAAUUAGCUGCCAACAUUAAUUUAUCGGUGAAUUUCUUAGUAUCAUUAUUGAAAAAAAAUUGGCAAAAUGUACGAUCAUUAUAUGUUAAAAGUACAAUGGGUAAACCGCAACGUCUUUAUUAG